AUGAUUAUGGUACGUUUAACACAAAGGUUAAUACAAAUAUAAUUCAAAAAGUUAUACAUUUUUUUUACUUUGAACCCCCAAUUCUUUACCUAAAAGGACCAGUUCGCCCAUUCAAAUAUCAUUGGCAUUCUGUCGCAAAAAGCGUCGAAAAUCAGGCAAUUUCAAUCAAAAUCAUUUUUCUCAAAAAACGUGAGUGGGUCGGUGUCGAAAUGAAUUUUCUAAUUUGGGACCGACUGUAAUGGUAGCACUCUAGUCUUUCUUUCCUUUAACCUGAGUCGUGCCAAAGCAGACCCGAUUCAAAGCAACUCCGAUUUCGUAUCAUCCUUUUAUUAUUUCUUCGAGGAGACUCCUACUGGACACGUCUGUCUAGCAGGCCUACAAAGAAUCAAACUGACCUUUAUACGGCGAUAUCGGGUAUUUUCGUAUUUUCGGGCAGCAAUGUUUAUUGCUCGCCCGAACAUAGAGAAGACUCGAUAUCGGACCGUAACACUACCUUCUCAGGUUUUUUGCAAAAUAAAUGAACGUCGAAUUUUUGCGACAGAAUGCCAAUGAUAUUUGAAUGGGCGAACUGGUCCUUUAACGCAGGCUUUAUAUUAACAAACUUUUAGGUAAAAGAUGCUUUGAAUUUUGAAUUGUCGUUUGGUGCUGCCAUUUUCACUGAUAACAUAUUACCAAAUGCUGGCAUAGUAGGUCUAAGUUUACACAACCAAAGUAACUUUGCUUAACAACUGUUCCAAACCCAACAAUCUGAAUCGCUUAUCUUUUCUAUUUUCUACAAAAAGUGCAUUUUCAAUUGUAAAGAUGGAGGUCGAAUUGUAUUUGGAGGUGAAGACACAAGCAAUUGUGAAAAGGUUACUAACUGGAUUGACGUCAAAGAAAAUAGUGGUUACUGGGAGUUUGUGGCCGAUUCGGUUAAGAUUGGCAAUAUGACAAGGUUUAAUGUGACCGUGAGUUUUAAAAAUUUUACUCUUAUUUGUUAUAAAAAUGUAGAGAAAGCAUAUUAGACAGUAAAUAUAGCCAAUAACAAAUUAAAGUGAUUAUGAGUACGUUAAGCUUAAUUUUGUAUAAUGUGUAGUAACACAUGUUGUAGUGAAGUAAUGCAUUUUAAUGUCACAACAAUUAGCUAUAUUUAAAAUUUUAGGUUGGUUCUGACACUGUUUCUAAUGGUAUGAUUAUUCCACAAGACGUCGCAGAUCACUUAGUAGAUAAGUUAUAUGCUACAUAUCUUUACAAUUCCUUUUAUUCACCUUAUACUUACGUGGUGAUGGAUAAUGUAAAGUUAGACAUGGGUUUAGUCAUUGAUAACGUCACAUACAGUUUUGAUAUCAAGAAUUUUCUUGAACAUUUUCCUAUUAACAUGGAGUUAAUAAAGCUAAGGGCGAAAAUGAACGGUCUGCCAACAACACUAAAUCUAAAGAAUAACACGGAUGUCGAAGACAGAUGGAUCUUUGGCGCUGGGUUAUUUAAAGCGUUUUGCCAUGUUUAUGACAUUCAGAAUCAAAGAAUAGCUUUGGCGAACGUAAAACAAUCGACACAAAAAGGUUACUGA